UCUCUGCCUUCCUCGAGUUCCUGCCGUGUGCGACUUUGCCAAGUGUGGCCGUAAAUGCGUUGCGUUAACGAUUGUCUAUUGCGAAUAUUCUGAGGGACAUUGAAAAGUGAUUUUGAGUCAUCUAAGUACUUGAGGAGGUGCCGAUAAAAAACUACGGUUAAAUUUAGCCAUGGCUGCUAUGUCUGUGAUCGGGAUUGACUUUGGAAAUGAGAGCUGUUAUAUAGCCGUUGCCAGAGCGGGUGGCAUCGAGACUAUCGCCAACGAUUACAGCUUGAGAAGUACACCAUCAUGCGUAGCCUUCAGUGGGAAGAAUCGUAUUCUUGGUGUAGCAGCGAAAAACCAGAUGGUGACAAACAUGAAAAAUACCAUUUCCGGGUUCAAGAGGCUUUUGGGUAGAAAAUACAAUGACCCUUUCGUUCAACGGGAACUUCGAAACUUAGGGUACAAAACAUCCCAACAACCAGAUGGCAGUAUUGGAAUUCAUGUACACUACCUAGGUGAAGACCAUGUCUUUUCACCAGAGCAAAUAACGGGUAUGCUAUUUACAAAGUUGAAGGAUAUAUCUGAAACUGCUCUCCAAACUGCAGUCAAUGACUGUGUCAUCUCGGUCCCAUCAUAUUUCACUCAAGCAGAACGUGAGGCUUUACUAGAUGCAGCUCGAAUCGCUGGAUUGAAUGUCUUGCGUUUAUUCAAUGAGACAACCGCAACUGCCUUAUGCUAUGGAAUCUAUAAACAAGAUCUACCGGCACCUGAAGCUGGACCAAGAAAUGUUGUAUUUGUAGAUUGUGGUUAUGCCAGUCUUCAAGUAUCCAUAUGCGCAUUCCAUAAAGGAAAACUGAAGAUGCUGGCCAGUGCUGCAGACCCUCAGCUGGGUGGUAGAGAAAUAGACUAUAUUUUAGCAGACCAUUUCUGUAAAGAAUUCCAAACUCGCUAUAAAAUCGAUGCACACACAAAUCCUCGUGCCUAUUUGAGACUUCUUGCUGAGGUAGAAAAAUUGAAGAAACAAAUGUCCGCCAACUCUACGACUCUUCCUCUGAACAUUGAGUGUUUCAUGGAGGAAAAAGAUGUUCAUGGUGAGCUAAAACGUGCAGACAUGGAGAGCAUGUGCGCUCAUCUGUUCCGACGUGUUGAAACCACACUUAAGCAAUGCUUCGUUGACUCCAAGCUGAAACUGGAAGACAUACACUCAGUUGAAAUAGCUGGAGGUUCCAGCCGUGUACCAGCUAUUAAACGAUUGAUAGAAGAAGUUUUUGGUCGUGGUACCUCUACAACUCUUAAUCAAGACGAAUCAGUCGCUAGAGGUUGUGCUUUGCAAUGUGCAAUGCUUAGCCCCGCUGUUCGAGUUCGCGAAUUUUCUGUAACUGACAUACAGCCAUACCCUCUAAAACUAACGUGGGAUGCUGCUGCUGGUGAAGAGGGGGAGAUGGAAGUAUUUGGGCAGAAUCAUCCUGUUCCAUUUUCAAAAAUGCUCACCUUUUAUCGUUCUGAACCAUUUUCUCUAACAGCUAGUUAUUCAAUUCCUCCUCAAACGUACCCCGAUACACAUGUCCGCACAUUUCUUAUAAAGAACGUGAAACCAACUCCUGAAGGGGAAUCGUCCAAGGUAAAAGUAAAGGUCCGUAUAAAUCUAAACGGAAUUCUAACAGUUGCAUCUGCGACUCUUGUCGAGAAACGUGAACCCACCCAGCAGGAAAAAGAGGAGGAAGAAAAACAGCAACAAAAAGAAAACAACAUGGAAACCGAUCCACAACAAGCUGACCCUAAAAGAGGAGUAGACAAACCUGAUCAAGAGGCUCAAGCGAAUGAACCACCAGCCCCUGAGGUGAGUGCUGAUAAGAGAAGGCGGAAUUCUGAUGCAGAAGAUGGCAGUAAGGGGGUAAAGGCGCCCUCUUAUUCCUCCAGGAUUCGCUCUUGGCUUGGCUCGGGUGAUGAUAAAAACGAAGAUGGAAAAGGAAAAAAGAAAGGAGUUUCUGUUCGAACUGUGGACCUCCCUGUUGAAUCCACUACCAAUGGCCUGUCGCAAAGAGAUCUUGAUGCUGCCAUAGAAAAAGAGUGCAAAAUGAUCGCUGAAGAUAGGCAGGAAAAAGAACGUGUUGAUGUUCGUAAUGCGCUUGAAGAAUAUGUGUAUGAACUAAGAGCAAAGAUAAAUGACGAAGAUCAACUUGCUACUUUUGUCACCAAUAAAGAUAGAGAGGCUUUGUGUCGAACAUUGGAUGAAACCGAAAAUUGGCUGUACGAAGAAGGAGAGGAAUGUCAAAGACAAAUCUAUUCGGACCGUCUUUCUCGUUUGAAGUCACAAGGUGACCCAAUAAAAGAUCGAAGAAUAGAGUUCGAAGGGAGGGCUCAGGCAAUUGAGGAACUUGCCGGUGCGCUGCAGAUUGCACAGAAAGGAUUGGUUCAAAUCAGACAGACACCUGCUGGGGGACCUGGACAAGAAGAAAGCAAGUACUCUCAUCUGACCGAGGAAGAAAUUAAAAAAGUUGAAACAGCGGUAGAGGAAAAGUGGUCAUGGUUAGAAAAAAAGCGUGCGGCUCUUUCCGCAAUUACACGCACCCAGCAACCACCUGUUACCGUCGCCCAGAUUCGAGCAGAAAAACACGCAUUGGACAGCGUGGUUUUGCCUAUUCUUAAUAAGCCAAAACCGGUACUAGUACCACCAAAAGAAGAAAAGGCAAAGGAGAAGGCCGGGGACGAACAGAAGAAUAAUCAGAACAGCCAAGGAGAUGGCCACAGUCAGAAUAAUCAACCACAGCAUCCACCAAAUGAUGAUAAAAUGGAUGUUGAGUAGCGACUAAAUUUUUAAUUCUAAUCAGUAAUUUCGCAUAUUUUCAUAAUAUCAAAUCAAACGAGAUAAUAUUAGUAAUCAAAUAAUAUACAAUCAUCCUCAUUUUGCUGGGGUAGUCAUUGUCGUUAUAUCAUGAAACCGCCUCAUGUCUUACUGAUGAAUACACUAUCGCUGUUUUUCAAACCACGCUUUGAUUCAAAAAUUGAAUUACCCCGUCUACUUCGAGCACAGAAUGAACCACUACAAUGAAAAUAUGCGUAAAUGAUAUUGACGACUAUCACGUAAACGCCUAUAACAAGAGUAUGCUAGCAACAAUUUCGUUAUCAUCUUGAUUUGGUGUAGAACAUCAUAAUUGACAUACGUACGAUAUCAUUUUGAUCUUGAUCCCAAAAUUCAAUGCUAAAUUUUGCAAAUUAUCUUGAUAUAAGUUAUCUGUUUCUAGUGGCAUUAUAUGACAUCUGCCUGUUCUCCACGUGAAGACAGCUAUUUUGAUAGAUUUUUCCUUUGUGUCUAAGACCCCUUGUGAUAAGAUUACUACCAGAAUCUUGACUAAAAUCUCUACUUCACCUAAUUUCUUGAUCUACAUACAGUGCCCACAUGAAGACACUUUACUCCCCAAUGGUACCAAUAGUAGGAAUAUUUAUACGUUAUUAUUGAGCGCGUACAAAGCGAGAGCUGAAAUAGAAUUAGUAACUAAAUUAUGAUAGGAAAAAUCGCUGGCGACUUAUGUGUUUAACAGUAUGUCUAAUAUUCAUUCCACCGUUUACCGACUCAUCAGUCGGACACCGUCGCAUUAAUACACGUAAAUGUAUUGCAUUUAUCAUUUAUAUUAUCUAAAUGAAUUAACGUUUCGGGAAACAACCAAGAAUCUGUAUCGAGAUGCACUGCGUGGCAUAAAUAUUAAGUAUCAAUGUUGCAAGAAUAAUAUUAAUUAUUCACCUUUCGAGUAUUGACCCAUGUAUUUGAUGCAUCUUAGAGCAAACUAUUACAGAAGAAAAAUUAAAUUGAUAAUAUUGAACAAAUUAGAUAUAUAUUACCACGUCUGCAAGGUUGUACAUAAUUACUAAAUAUUCACAAGGUUCUCUUAUUCUUCUCAGCUACUACCGCCUUGUACUAUUAAUUUCUGGGUCACCUUACUGGAAAAGAUAGAAGACUCUCCCUGGCACCUUGAAAGUCCAUCAUUCCGAUUGGUUUGUUUCUUUCUAUUCCUGUCUAAAGCAUUAACUAUUUUCAUUCUUAACUAAUGAAUUAGAAGCACUAUUCUUUAUACUUGAGUUAUGAUUAUUUAUUACUUAUAUGCUAAGUAACUGAAUAAAAAAUUGUAAUGGAAAAACUA